AGUCUAUAUGAAGUAGAUACAAUCUCUGUGUUAUGUUGAGUAAGUUAGAAAAUUGCUUAAGUAUAGAUAGAUUGUCUGUCUGUUUUUUAAAAUUCUUUCUACACAGUAAAUCAAUACUGAAGACAGCUGGAAUAUGCAAUAAUCUACUUUGAACAGUUGACAUUGAGAUGUAUCUGCUACUUAUUCUCUGUAAAGCCUUUACAAUGGCUCUAACCUGUGGUGCUGUUAAUUGGUGAUUUUUGAGGCUGGUAACUCUCAAUGAACUUCUCUGCCGCAGAGCAACAUGGCAGAGUACACAACGUUAGAAAGCCUCCUGGAGAUGGGCUUUAAUAAAAACAGAGCAGAGAAGGCUGUGGCACACACUGGCAACCAGGGCAUUGAGAGAGCUAUGGACUGGCUGAUGGAACACGAGAACGAUCCGGACAUAGACGAGCCGUACGUGCCACCAGCAGGAAAUGUUCUAGGCUCAACAGAACAACAACAGAGCCCGCCCCAGCCUGCCUCUGAACCCUCUGAGGAUGCUGAAGAGACAGAAGAACAGGAAGAUGACAAACAACCAAUGACUGAAGAGGAGAAAAAGGAACAAAUUAAGAGGCUUGAGGAAUUGAUGAGGGUGAAGCAGGAGGAGAGGAGAGAGAGAGAGCGUCAGGAGGAGGUAGAGAGGGAGAAACAGAGGAGAAAACAGGGCCAGGAGCUCCAGCAGGUCCGACAGAAGCUGCAGGAUGAUGAAAUGAAGCAGCUGGCUGAACAGCGCAGAAGAGAGAAAAUGGAGGACCGAUUGGCAAAGCAGAGGGUCAAAGAGAAGAUUGCCCGUGACAGAGAAGAGAGGGCACGCAAGUUUGGUGGGAGCUCUUCAAGUACAGGCCUGACAUCUCCUUCUUCUGAAGCCACUCCCCAGUCUCCUCCAGAGAUCCAGGGUCCUCCGCCAGCCAAGAAAGACUAUGAUGAGUGUCGGAUACAGGUUCGGCUGAUGGACGGCUCUGCUCUGAUGACAGUCUUUAAGGCCCAGGAGCCACUGGCUGCAGUGCGAGUAUACGUACAGAUGAAUAGCUCUGUGGGUGAGGACUUUACCCUGCUGUCCCCUUACCCCCGCCGUGUCUACACAGAACUCGACAUGGAAAAACCUCUUCGUGAGCUUGGUUUGGUGCCUUCUGCUGUCCUUGUGGUUGCAAAGAAGUAAAGGCAGAUAAGUUUAAUCCAUGCUCUUCCACCCCUGCUCGUAUGGUCAACAAAAGAAAAAAAACGGGUUGAACCAAUGGACUGGAUUUGAUUUUAUAUGUCAUUUAAACAGUUGAACAGGCCUUCAUCGGUACUACAACAAUAAAACUUAUAUUCACACUGACAACAGCAGAGUUAACCGAA